UGUCCAUCCUGAUGGUGACGUCAGCGCGUGACGCAAUGACGCAGAGCGUGAUCCUGUCAGCUGAUCACCGAGCCGCUGCGGAAUUAACGCGCCUCACUGCUGCGAUAUUUUCAUUAAAAUAACACCUUAAUGAACAUGAGACGCUAAAAACUCGCAACGUAUCACAGAGACGAUGUCAGGAAACAGUCUGGUAUUACCCAUAGUCCUGUGGGGCCGUAAUGCACCCACUCACUGUAUCUCCAGUCUGCUGGUGAUGGACGAUCUGAGCACCAUCAUCACCGGCUGCCAUGAUGGACAGAUCUGCAUAUGGGACAUGACUCCACAGCUGGAGAUUAAUCCCCGCGCCCUGCUGUUUGGACACACGGCGUCCGUCACCUGUCUUUCCAAGGCCAGCGCCAGCAGCGAUAAACUGUACCUCGUCAGUGCCUCCGAGAGCGGUGAAAUGUGUUUAUGGGAUGUCAGCGAUGGCCGUUGUAUUGAGUUCACAAAGCUGGCCUGUGCUCACACUGGUAUACAGUUUUACCAGUUCACCAUUGGCACACAAAGGGAGGGGCGUCUCUUGUGCCACGGACAUUACCCAGAAAUCCUAGUGGUGGAUGCCACCAGCCUGGAGGUCCUUUACUCGCUCGUGUCUAAGAUUUCACCGGACUGGAUCAGUUCAAUGAGCAUCAUUCACUCGCACCGCACGCAGGAGGACACGGUUGUAGCUGUAUCUGUCACUGGGAUUUUGAAGGUCUGGAUUAUAACAGCAGAUGUCAGCAGGAUGCAGGACCUGGAUCCGGUGUUUGAAGACGAGUCAAAGCCCAUCUACUGUCAAGGGUGUCAGAGUAUUUCAUUCUGCACAUUCACACAACUCUCACUGCUCGUGGUCUGCUCGAAAUACUGGAGAGUGUUUGACUCUGGUGAUUUCUCUCUGCUGUGUUCUGUCCCGAGCGAAAGCGGUCAGUCCUGGGCAGGAGGAGAGUUCAUCUCUGCAGAUAAAGUUAUAAUAUGGACUGAAGAUGGUUGCAGCUACAUUUACAAACUACCAGCCAGCUGUCUCCCAGCGAGUGAACAUUUCCGCAGUAAUGUGGGAAAAACAAAUGAAGGAUCCAUUCCACCCCUGGUGUACAGCAUAGCGGACCGCACUGACAAACAGCCGGAGGAGGAGUGGGAUGGGCAGCGUGUUGUUGUUUGUCUCCCCGACAGCAGUUUUGAUCCGGAGCUCUACACUCCUGAAUUGCAAUACAGCCAGCGGCCUCUAGAGGCACCACUCCUCAUUUGUCCGCCGGUCACCCGGUUCUUUUUCGGACGGAGGGAACCGUUCCACAAGCUGCUGAUUCAAGGAGAUUCAGCCGGGAGACUGACGGUGUGGAGCAUUCCAGAAACAUCUCCAUUACAAACGCCCUCAUCCACUGCAGAACUGCAGGUGUCUGGCAGCAUUAGUCUUCAGGAGGCGUUUGAUAAACUCACUCCCUCUUCAGCGGGCAUCAUUGACCAGCUCAGCGUCCUGCCCGGCUCUAAUGAUCCCAUCAAAGUGACGGCCAGCGUUUACAUCCCUUCUCAGGGUCGACUGGUGUGUGGCAGAGAGGAUGGAAGUAUCAUACUCGUUCCUGCUACACAGACGGCCAUCGUUCAACUCUUGCAGGGUGAACACAUGCUGCGUAGAGGAUGGCCUCCUCAUCGAAACCUCAGAGGUCACAGACAUAAGGUCACGUGUUUGCUGUAUCCACAUCAGGUGUCUCCACGCUACGAUCAGCGCUCGCUGGUGUCUGGAGGUGUUGACUUUUCUGUCAUCAUCUGGGACAUUUUCACCGGCGAGAUGAAGCACAUCUUCUGCGUUCAUGGAGGGGAAAUCACGCAGCUGAUCGUGCCUCCUGAAAACUGCAGCACUCGUGUCCAACACUGCGUGUGCUCGGUGGCCAGCGAUCACUCGGUCGGUCUGCUCAGUUUAAGAGAGAGAAAGUGCAUCAUGUUGGCCUCCAGGCAUCUCUUCCCCAUCCAGGUUAUUAAAUGGAGACCGUGUGAUGAUUACCUGGUGGUCGGAUGUUCUGAUGGGUCCGUCUAUGUGUGGCAGAUGGACACAGGAGCUCUUGAUCGCUGUGUGAUGGGUAUAACCGCAGUAGAGAUUCUGAAUGCGUGUGAUGAAGCUGUUCCUGCAGCUCUGGACUCUCUCAAUCACCCCGCUGUCAAUCUGAAACAGGCCAUGACCCGACGCAGUCUGGCUGCACUCAAGAACAUGGCCCAUCACAAACUACAGACACUCGCCACCAACCUGCUCGCUGCAGACAAUGCAGACAAGGGUAACCUGCCCAAAUACUCUCAUAAUUCACUGGUUGUCCAGGCCAUGAAGACCAAUAUCACAGAUCCUGACAUGCACGUGCUGUUUUUCGACGUGGAAGCGGUUAUCAUUCAGUUAUUGACCGAGGAGGCGCAACGGCCGAACCCUACGCUCGUCUCGCCAGAAACACUGCAGAAGACACCCGGCGGGGCGGAUAAGGGCGGCUCCUUCCUGGCCAACAAGAUUUUCAAACAGGUGAAGGAGACCAUUAAAGAGAACAUCAAGGAACAUCUGCUGGAUGAUGAUGAGGAUGAAGAGGAAGAGCAGCGGCGUCGGGAGGAAAAGUCCAAGUCCUUGAGCUUACUGGAGUAUAAUCUCACCAUGGACACUGCCAAACUCUUCAUGUCUUGCUUGCACGCCUGGGGUCUAAACGGAGACCUCGACGAGGUGUGUUUGAACCGACUGGGCAUGCUCAGACCGCACACGCCCAUUUCCUUCGGCUUGAUCUCCCGCGGCAGUCACAUGUCUCUCCUGCUGCCCACCUUUAAAGAUUCUCUGCUGAGGCGGUUGACGCAAGGCUCGAUGGAGGGCCGGAAACUGUCCGUCUCCGAGAUUGUGGGUAAGGGCACGUAUGGCAUAUCCAGAGCGGUGACCACACAACACCUGCUGUCCGUCAUCUCGCUGGCCAACACGUUGAUGAGCAUGACCAAUGCAACGUUCAUCGGAGAACAUAUGAAGAAAGCACCGGCCAGGCCCCCAAGACCGGGAACUCCAGAGACCCAGAGAAAGAGCAGCAUACAGGCCUCCAGUCCGGCCAUGCAGAGCCAGAUCAAACAAGCUGCCGUCGCUGUCUCAUCUUCUGCUUCAGGAGUUACUCACUCGCCCUCAGUCAAUGAAGGAUGGAGUCAGCUGGCUGCUAUGCAUUGCGUGAUGUUGCCUGAUCUUCUGGGUUUGGAAAAAUUCAGGCCUCCUUUGCUGGAGAUGUUGGCACGUAGAUGGCAGGAUCGCUGCCUUGAGGUUCGUGAGGCGGCUCAGGCUCUUUUAUUGGCUGAACUGCGUCGGAUUGGUCAGUCAGGCAGGAAGGACACCAUCGACUUGUGGGCACCGUACCUGCCGCAGUAUGUGGAUACUGUGAGCUCUCCUGGAAGCGCCCCAGAAACAGCCCAGACGGCUCCGCCCCCUCCUGAAGCCCCGCCCAUUGAACCCAAAGUUCAAGAGGAAGAGAUGGAUGUGACCGAUGAUGACAUCACAGCAGGAUGUUUGUCUAACCUUCCACCCAACGCUAAGAAGAUCUGUAACUCGUAUGAGGAGAGGAGAAAACAGGCGACGGCCAUCGUCCUGCUGGGUGUGAUCGGUGCUGAGUUUGGGGCAGAGAUUGAACCUCCUAAACUACCGUCUCGUGCUCGAACCAGCAGUCAAGCCCCCGAGGGUUUCGGUCUGACCACCGGAGGCUCCAACUAUUCACUGGCCCGUCACACCUGUAAGGCAUUGACAUUUCUUCUUCUUCAGCCGCCCAGUCCCAAACUGCCCCCUCACAGCACCAUCCGCCGCACAGCGAUUGAUCUGAUUGGUCGAGGGUUUACGGUGUGGGAGCCGUAUAUGGACGUGUCCGCCGUUCUCAUGGGUCUGCUGGAGCUCUGCGCCGAUGCCGAAAAACAGCUGUCCAACAUUUCAAUGGGUUUGCCUCUGAGUCCUGCCGCUGAUUCCGCCCGAUCGGCUCGUCACGCCCUCUCGCUGAUCGCCACCGCUCGACCUCCUGCCUUCAUUACUACUAUAGCAAGAGAGGUUCACAGACACACAGCGAUGCAGUCUCAGGGUUCUCAGUCGCAGCAGAACGUUCACACUACGACUCUCGCACGAGCCAAAAACGAGAUCCUGCGAGUGAUCGAGAUUCUCAUUGAGAAGAUGCCGUCAGAUGUGGUGGACCUGCUGGUGGAGGUGAUGGACAUCAUCACAUAUUGUAUUGAAGGAUCUCUCCUGAAGAAGAAAGGGCUGCUGGAGUGUUUUCCAGCCAUCUGCAGGUUUUACAUGGUGGCUUAUUGCGAUCGCAGUUAUCGUAUCGCUGUUGGAGCGCGUCAGGGAUCCGUCGCUCUUUACGACGUCCGGACUGGAAAGUGUCAGCAUAUUCACGGACACAAAGGGCCGAUUACAGCCGUUUCCUUCGCUCCAGACGGGCGUUACCUGGCAACUUACUCCAAUGCUGACAGCCACAUCUCCUUCUGGCAGAUGAACACAUCUCUGUUGGGCAGUAUUGGGAUGUUGAAUUCUGCUCCUCAGCUCCGCUGUAUCAAAACCUAUCAGGUUCCUCCAGUGCAGCCCGCGUCUCCCGGAUCUCAAAACGCCCUCAAACUCGCCCGACUGAUCUGGACCUCCAAUCGUAACGUCAUCGUCAUGGCUCACGACGGCAAGGAGCAUCGCUUUAUGGUUUAAGAGGUCAAGCUUCUGAGCUGAGCUGUUUUUCACUGCGUUUACACUCUUUACACCUGUCGGUGUUCAUUUACAUUCCUGUUUUUAUUUAACGUUUUUUUUAUAAAGAUGAGACAACAGUUUGAA